AUGUUAUCUUUUUAACCAACAUUCAACAAUAUUAACUAAAAUUUAUUUUUCUAAUUUUGAUAUUAACGUAAUAUUUUUAGGUUCAGCGCUUCUAGCCGUAUUGUUGGCUGGCUAUUUGGCUCAGAAAUAUGGCUUGCCACCGCCUUUGCCGAAAAUUGUGGCAGUCGAUCUUGGCACCACAUUUUCAUCGAUAGGCGCCUAUCAGGCAAUUACAGGCCGGACGGAUAUCAUUCCGGAUGAAACCGGUCGGAAAAGUAUUCCUAGUGUGGUUGCUUUUCUACCAAAUGGCACCAUACUGGUAGGUUCUCGAGCAGUUGAACAACAGGAGCACAAUCCUUUUAGAACAAUAUAUGAUGCUAAACGUUUUAUUGGUAAGGUCUAUAAUAAAGAUGACCUAGAAUUUCAGGAUGAUAGAAAAAGAUAUCCUUUCAACAUAAAGUUGGACAAUGAAGGAAGAGUAUUUUUUGAAAUACCUCUUGAUUCCGGCAUCAAGUAUAUCACUCCUGAAGAUGUUGGUAGUAUUAUUAUCAGUUAUCUAAGGCGGAAUGCGGAACAACAUUUUGGUAUAAAAAUAAAGGAGAUUGUGAUAUCAGUUCCUGCCGAAUUCGAUCAGUCACAACGCAACGCUACCGCUCGUGUAGCCGAAUUGGCUGGAAUGGAACUACGCAGGCUUAUAAGUGAACCAACAGCUGCUGCUCUCGCCUACGGCCUUGAUAAGAAAAAAGGUGUUGAAUACAUCGUUGUAAUUGAUCUUGGUGGUGGAACAUUAGAUGUAUCUGUCUUGUGGCUUCAGGGAGGAAUUUUUAUUACAUUGGCUAUGGCGGGAAAUAAUCGGCUUGGUGGACAAGAUUUUAAUGAUCGAAUUCAGAAACAUCUUAUGAAGGUUAUAUCUGAGAAUGCUGGGAGUUCUUUUAACGAUAAAGAAGAUUUACAACAGUUGCGAUUAGCGAUAGAAACAGCCAAAAUACAAUUAACAAGUUUUCCUCAGUGUACAAUUGAUCUUCAUUUACGAUCUGUUGGUCGAUUUUUGUAUAAACUUACAAGAGAAGAAUUUGAAUCUUUAAAUGAAGAUUUAUUCGAAUCUAUAAUUGAACCCAUUGAAGCGGCUUUAAAAGAUGCAGAGAUUGGUUCUUCAGAUAUCGAUGAGAUUGUUUUAGUUGGUGGUUCAACUCGUAUUCCUAGGGUGCGACGCGUUGUUGGUACAUAUUUUAAUAAGGCCCCUAAUCAUGGAGUUGAUCCUGAAUUGGCUGUGGCUACUGGUGGUGUGAUUACUGCAGGCGUAAUUGGUGGCGGUUGGCCAUUGCAGGCAUGUUUAUUAUUGUUUAUUGUGUACUGUGUCACAUCGAUCGAGUUACCGCCACAGCGUCGCAAAAAACACAUUUAUUCAUCUCAUCGAAAUUAG